CGGAAGUGAAAAGUUUGUUUUUUACCGGGACAGAGAACAAACCUGUCCGUGGAGCGGCUUCAGAGUUCUGCUGCAGAGCGGAACCGGACCGCGCCGUGCAGCAUGAGGACCGUCCUGAUGGUGGCGGAGAAGCCGUCUCUGGCGCAGUCCAUCGCCAGAAUCUUGUCCAAAGGCAGCUGUACGAGCCGUAAAGGCCUGAACGGAGCGUGCUCAGUGCACGAGUACACCGGCACCUUCCAGGGCCAAAGCGUUCGCUUCAAGAUGACCUCGGUGUGUGGACACGUCAUGAGCCUGGACUUCAUCGGGAAAUACAACAACUGGGACAAAGUGGACCCUGCAGAGCUCUUCAGCAAAGCUCCAACGGAGAAGAAGGAGGCCAACCCCAAACUCAGCAUGGUCAAGUUCCUUCAGGUGGAGGCCAGAGGCUGCGACUUCGUGGUGCUGUGGCUGGACUGUGACAAAGAAGGAGAGAACAUCUGUUUCGAGGUCCUGGACGCCGUCCAGCCCGUGAUGAACAAAGGCGGAGUCAGGGAGCAGACGGUUUUCCGAGCCAAGUUCAGCUCCAUCACGGACACGGACAUCUGGAACGCCAUGAACCGCCUUGGAGAGCCCAACAAGAACGAAGCUCUGUCUGUGGACGCUCGCCAGGAGCUGGACCUGCGCAUCGGCUGCGCCUUCACCCGCUUCCAGACCAAAUACUUCCAGGGUAAGUACGGAAACCUGGACUCCUCCCUGAUCUCCUUCGGGCCCUGUCAGACUCCAACUCUGGGCUUCUGCGUGGAGCGUCACGACAAGAUCCAGUCCUUCAAACCGGAGACCUACUGGAUCCUGCAGGCAAAGGUGUUCAAGGGGAAGGACGGCCCGCUGACCCUGGACUGGAGCAGGGUGAGGGUGUUUGACCGGGAGGUGGGACAGAUGUUCGUCAACCUGGCCAAGAUGUCUAAAGAAGCCAAGGUGGAGGCGGUGAGUCAGAAGGAGAAGACCAAGCAGAGACCUCAGGCCCUGAACACCGUGGAGAUGCUCCGAGUGGCCAGCUCUGCUUUAGGAAUGGGCCCCCAGCACACCAUGCAGAUUGCAGAGCGCCUGUACACCCAGGGCUACAUCAGCUACCCCCGCACAGAGACCACCCAGUACCCCGAGAACUUUGACCUGAAGGGAACCCUGAGGCAGCAGGCCAACAGCCCCAUGUGGGCCGAGGAGGUUAAAGCCUUGCUGUCGGCUGGACUGAACCGACCCAGGAAAGGAAAUGACGUCGGGGACCACCCCCCCAUCACCCCCAUGCGUGCAGCCUCAGAGGGAGAGCUGGGAAGUGACGGCUGGCGGCUGUACGAGUACAUCACGCGGCACUUCAUCGCCACCGUCAGCCAGGACUGCAGGUACCUGCAGUCCACCAUAGAGUUCAGCAUCGGCACGGAGCGCUUCUCCUGUGGAGGGAAAACGCCCAUUUCUCCAGGUUACACGGCCCUGAUGCCCUGGCAGGGCGUCCCGCUAGAGGAGGCGCUGCCGACCUGCCAGCCCGGAGACGCCUUCACGGUGGACGAGCUCCGCCUGGUGGAGAGGCAGACCGGCCCCCCGGACUACUUGACGGAGGCCGAGCUCAUCACGCUCAUGGAGAAGCACGGCAUCGGGACGGACGCCAGCAUCCCCGUCCACAUCAACAACGUCUGCCAGAGGAACUACGUUACCGUGGAGACGGGGCGCAGGCUCAAGCCCACCAACCUGGGUGUCGUCCUCGUGCACGGAUAUUACAAAAUCGACGCAGAGCUGGUGCUGCCCACCAUCCGCUCCGCCGUGGAGAAGCAGCUCAGCCUCAUCGCGCUAGGGAAGGCCAACUUCCAGCAGGUGCUGCAGCACACGCUGGACAUCUUCAAGAGGAAGUUCCACUACUUUGUGGACUCCAUCAGCAGCAUGGACGAGCUGAUGGAGGUCUCCUUCUCCCCCAUCGCUGCCACGGGGAAGCCCCUGUCCCGCUGCGGGAAGUGCCACCGCUUCAUGAAGUACAUCCAGGCAAAGCCCAGCCGGCUCCACUGCUCCCACUGCGACGAGACCUACAACGUUCCCCAAAACGGCGCCAUCAAGCUGUACAAGGAGCUGCGCUGCCCUCUGGACGACUUUGAGCUGGUUCUGUGGACCUCAGGGGCGCGGGGGAAGAGCUACCCCCUGUGCCCCUACUGCUUCAGCAACCCGCCAUUCAGAGACAUGAAAAAAGGUAUGGGCUGCAACGAGUGCACCCACCCGUCCUGCCAGCACUCCCUGAGCGCUCUGGGCAUCGGUCAGUGUGUGGAGUGUGAGUCCGGAGUUCUGGUUCUGGACCCCACCUCUGGACCAAAGUGGAGGAUGGCCUGCAACAGGUGCAACGUGCUCGUGCACCUCUUCGAGCACGCUCACAAGGUGCAGGUCUCUCAGGACAGCUGUGAGGUCUGCGACGCCUCGCUGGUCAUGGUGGACUUCAACAAGGCCCGCACCCCCCUGCCGGAGGGGGACACGCAGCACACCGGCUGCGUCUUCUGCGACCCGCUCUUCCAGGACGCGGUGGAGCUCAAACACGCCUCCAUGAGGCGCACGGCGCACCGAGGCGGGGGCGCCAGGCGAGGGGGCCGGGGGCGCGGACGCGGCCGGCGACCAAACCCUAAGAAGCCCAAAGACAAAAUGGCUGCCCUGGCAGCAUACUUUGUAUGAGGGGGGGGGCGGAGUCCAGCAAGACCAGAGGGACAGUGCAUGAUGG